GGGAAAUGAACAGAGUGUGAACAGGCUGCAGCGGCGGGACUCGCAUUGUUCACUGCAGAGCUGCAGCGCUGAGAGUUUGUGUUACUCUGUGUGUGUGCAACUAUUAUCACAAGAAAAAUGCCCUCCACCCGCUCCAAGACACUGGCAGCCCAGCUUCCGUCCACCAGGAUGAGUCUGAGGAGCUUCCGCAGCGUCCCUCUGGUCCCGAUGGAGUCGUCCUCUUCAUCCUCUGACGACAGCUGUGAUAGCUUUGGCUCUGAUGGAGGCUUUGCGAAUACGAGGAGCGGCUUAAGACAGACGAGGAGGACGCUGGAGAAGCGGAAGGUGUUUCUGGCGUCAUCGGAGGAUGAUACAUGCAGUGGGUUUGAGGAGAGCGUCAUUAACCGUCAGAUGAAAGCAAUGAAAGUGAACUCUGACUCUCCAAAACGUGGCCGCAAGUCUGCCGUCCUGAAAGUUGCCAUGACGUUCCCCACCAAGAAGACGGGCAAGAAGAGGCCUGCAUCCGAACCACUCCCUCAAACUAAAGUGAAGGGCUCUGACUCUGACGAAGAGGAGGAGGAGAACUUCAUGAGCAAGAGAGCCUUGAACAUUAAGGAGAACAAAGAAAUGCUUGCAAAGCUCAUGGCAGAGCUGAACAAAGUGCCUGGACUCUUCCCGAGACGGAUGGCGAUGUCCACAUCCACUACGCCUCGACAGCCACCUCGGCGCUCCAUGGGAACUCCAGGAUCUCUUAGAAGAAACCCGGAGCGUUUGUCUCGCCCCCACACGCGCUCCCGCACACUGGUGGACGGACCCCCCAGCCCACCUCCAGAGGAGGAGCCCGAGGACAAGUUCAGCCUGGUUCGCAAAAGCCGCUACUAUGAGGAGGACGAUGAGCCACCCCGUCGCCGUACCUUCAGUGGCAUGAAGGCCAUCGCUCACAUAGUGCGGCCUGUGGAGGAGAUCACAGAGAUAGAGCUGGACCGCAUCUGCACCAACGUGCGGGAGAAAGUCUACAACAGCUCCACUGGAUCCACUUGCCACCAGUGCCGCCAGAAAACAAUCGACACCAAAACCAACUGCCGCAAUCCAGAGUGUGUCGGGGUGAGGGGCCAGUUCUGCGGCCCCUGUCUCCGUAACCGCUACGGAGAGGAGGUCCGAGACGCUCUGCUGAAUCCGGAGUGGCAGUGCCCGCCGUGCAGAGGGAUCUGCAACUGCAGCUUCUGUCGUGCCCGAGAAGGUCGCUGUGCUACGGGAGUGUUGGUGUACCUGGCUAAAUAUCAUGGAUAUGAUAAUGUGCACGCCUACCUGAAAAGCUUGAAAAAGGAGCUCGAACAGAGCAGCGACUGAAUAGUGGAGGAGGGAGCUGAUCCUGGACCUAACUGAUGUUCUCUGUGACCGUUUCUACAUUCGCACAAUCCUUGUUCAUGGCGUUUGAAGCAUUUUAACACAAUGCUUAUUGUUGUUCACUUGUGAAAUUUCACUUUUUGAGCGUUGACUGACUUCUCCAGCCUAAAGCUUGUUCUGCUUUUGCUCCCAAACAGAAUUUCCCUGCACAUUGUAAAGAGCUGAGCCAUUUUAUUAGACUGGUUGAUCAUAAGCUAAGGUGGACCAAAAAAUAUUUUAGGAAAAUGUCACAAUGUUAAGGUAUACGAUGCAGGAUUGUCGGUUACUGUUUGUAAACCCGUGUCACUUUCGUCUGGCGUUUCACCUCACUAUAGUGGUGUCUUUUCUGCGCUUUGUCUCUGGGAUGCCUGCUGCUUAUGAUCUGGCACCUGGUCCCUACCUUUUUAUAAACGUCCCGAACACAGGAAAUAGAGGAGAAGGCAAAGUCUCUGCAGAAAAACACACCGCCACAUGCUUUCAGGGGGUCAUAAGUGAUGAUUGAGACUGCUCAGUACGUCUAUAUCCUGCAUAGUAUAUCUGUAAAUUGUUGACAUUAAUCUGGGAUCUUAAAUGUUUUAAGACAAUAAAUGUACAUAUUUCCAUAGCAUGUAAAAAACCCCAUUUUAUAUAGGCUUGUUUAGAUGAUGUACUGUAUUUUACAUUGUUUUAAAUGUAUUGUUCUUACACCGCCCACUUGGACAUGAAUUGGCCUUCACUGAAUUGUGUGCCUUUUUUUUUCUAGUUGCAAAUUUAUGCUUGUGUUUUUACAAGUUGUGUUGCCUUUUUUAAAAUCUGCUUAAAGUGUUGUAAGAAAAAAAAAAUGUUUGCGUUUGUCGGGAUGUCCUGCAGAAAUGGCCCGAUGAUCUGCAUGCUGCUGAGGUGGCGCAGGUGGAAAGGGCACAGACUCUGGGGUCCACUGCCUCUCACUUCCAAACUGAGAGGGAACUGUGUGAUAUACUACAGCGCCUGGUUAAAUAUCCUUCAUUAGAUAACUGUCACUAAUGGUGUGGAAACAAUUAGCACACUCUAAUGGGAAUCUCAUACCUGUAAAUCAUUUUAUCCUGUUAAAGCACAUUCUCGCUCUGCUCCAGUCUCUUUGGCUCAUUUUCUGCCUUACACUGUUAAGUAGGAAUGGUUGAAGGUGCCACUGAAGUGGCAAUAGAGUUAUGGCCUGCAUUUUCUGUUCAGAAGUGCGAUACUCUACGCGAAAUGACAUGGAAUUAACCUUUGUGUCGCUCAUCUUUGAAAUGUACUUCAUUCGACCUGCACCAGGACACACUCUGAUUAUAUGAUACUGUUUCAAAAUAAUCAACGGUUGAGAUUUCUUUUUCAGUGUAAUGGCAGGUGGAGGUUAUCUCACUGCUGCUUGUGUUUAUCACACACUUCACUCUUAACAGGGAGAGUGAUGCCGUACUGUUGAUUGGGAUAACUGUUAUGGUGACGCUUUGCUUUGUGCUCAUCGGGUUAACUGUACAUUUUCAUUAAAGCGUUAAUCACUGCAGAA